UCUAUACUGCACAAGUCUACGCCCUUUGUCUAUAUUACUCUACUUCCGGAGGAAGAUUCGAAGCCAUUCCUAUCUCUAUGGUUGAAUCCCGCCCGGGGUGUCCGCUCUAGCCGCUCGCUCUCGCUCUCCUUGAGGCAUUGGGAUGAUUGACGGGACAGGCUCCUGCGCUCGCCGGCUAUUCCUCUCCUUCUGCCGACCAUGGCGCCUCAGAAAGAAAAUGUUGGUUUGCUUUUUAAGUUGUACUGCUUGACGGUGAUGACCUUGGUGGCUGCGACAUACACAGUUGCUUUGCGAUACACAAGAACGACAGAAACAGUUCUGUACUUUUCAACGACAGCUGUGUGUAUAACAGAAGUUAUCAAGUUAUUCCUAAGUUUGGGCAUUUUAACAAAAGAGACUGGAAGCCUAGGUAGAUUGUUGACAUCGUUGAAAGAAAAUGUCUUGGGAAGCCCUAAAGAACUACUUAAAUUAAGUGUUCCCUCUCUGGUGUAUGCCAUUCAGAACAACAUGGCCUUCCUGGCUCUUAGCAAUUUGGAUGCAGCAGUUUACCAGGUCACCUAUCAGUUGAAGAUCCCAUGUACAGCCUUAUGUACAGUCUUAAUGCUGAACCGCUCUCUCAGUAAACUGCAGUGGUUCUCAGUCUUCAUGCUCUGUGGUGGAGUCACACUUGUUCAGUGGAAACCAGCACAGGCUACAAAAAUUCAGAUGGAACAAAGCCCUCUGAUAGGCUUUGGUGCGAUCGCAAUUGCUGUUUUAUGUUCCGGAUUUGCAGGGGUGUAUUUUGAGAAAGUACUUAAGAGUUCAGAUACAUCUUUAUGGGUCAGGAACAUUCAAAUGUAUCUUUCUGGCAUUGUUGUGACCUUGGUUGGUGUCUACAUGUCUGAUGGAGCUCAAGUAAUGGAGAAAGGUUUUUUCUAUGGCUAUACUCAUUAUGUCUGGUUUGUGAUAUUUCUUUCCAGUGUUGGAGGCCUUUACACGUCAGUUGUUGUUAAAUACACAGACAAUAUUAUGAAAGGCUUUUCUGCAGCGGCCGCCAUUGUCCUCUCUACUAUUGCAUCUGUUAUUCUCUUCGGUUUACAGAUUACCAUAACUUUCUCUCUCGGUGCUCUUCUUGUAUGUAUUUCAAUAUAUUUGUAUGGAUUGCCUCGACAAGACACGACAAAACUCCAGCCAGUAGAAUCAAAAGCAUCAAAAGAGAAUCUUAUUCAUGUUUAACAUUCACAACCAUGAAGAAAAGACAUUUGAAAGUAAAGAAGACUUGACAAAGUAUCUUUUCCCCAUUUCCUUUAAAAAAAAGAAAAAAAGAAAUAGCCUUAAACUGUUUAUGGCUGCCUUUUCUGCUCGGACUAAAGUGAAGUAAAUCUACAGUGGAAUGAAGGUUUACACUGUAUUAUGGAUACUUCAUUAUGUUAUGUAGUACUGUUACUGAUGUAAAGUUGUGUCUUAAUUUUGUGUUGGACUAUGAAGCUCUUGCUUGUCAAAAAUAUAUAUAUGAAGGACUGGAAAAUGCAUCUAUAUAUUGAUAAAUUGUGUAUAUAAUAAAGAGGGGGACGUUGUUGGAUGUCACUUUGAUGUACUAGAGAAUAGCAAUGUCUGCUCUUUGAUAUGCUGUUGCAUAUUUUGAUUAUACUAGUGUAGAAAGUACUGCACAUUUUCCUCUGCAUGUCCCAGCCAACUGUUGAACAGCAAACUAGUUGUCGCAGCUAGAAUGACAUGGAGGUUGAGACUGAAUACCAUUAUUUGAUGGGUAAAAUGACCACAAUUCUAGCUAGAACAAAUCCUAUGUCUUCAUGUGUUUGGUACAGUGAAUCCCUUUGCAACAGGAGGAAGGAAAAAAAUGCAGCUGAGGCUGCUUUUAAUAGUUUUUUAAUGUGAUGGAGUUUUAUACCAUUUUGUAUUCUAAUAACACUUUGUUCACACUUGUUAGGCCUAAACACAUUUUUGUGCAAGUUAUGUAAAGCAUUGUUCCAUUCUGGAUUGUGCCUUUUACUUGAAUGAAACAUAAAGGAGCAACUAUGGUCCCUGAGGGUUGUGAGGGGCUAUAAUUCUCAUCGUUCACUGUGUUGGCUAUGGACUUGUAGGCUAAAACACAUCUGGUAGGGCCAAAAAUGCCUACUUCUGAAAUGCAACUGUUUGGAAGUCGGCAGGAGGAUAAGUACAGUAUGUUUGGCAUCACUUAGAUCAGGAGGAGGACUUACAUGGUUUUCUACCUGACUGCAAACUCCCAGCCGCAUCAGCCAGCAACGAGGAAUGCCGGGAGUUGCAGUUGAGCAACAUCUGCAGGUCCAUAUGAUUUUCAUCAAGAUGUACAAUUUAUUCAUUUUGGUCAAGUCAUGAAUUGGCAAAAUGCUUUGCCUUUCACUUUUGAAAGAGAUGCUUUUUCCAUUAAAUAAUUGUACAUGCUUUUUAAAAUUACUAAUGUGUUAUUUUUGUAAGUUGGUCUUCUGCAAAUCCUUUUUAUUUCUAUGCUAGUAAGCACAGGAUUGUGUCUUUCUCAUUAUGAGGGAUGGAUUCUAAAUGGAGAGGUCUUCUAGGUAGUAAAGGCAGUGGCACAACUAGGGGUGG